AAUGUUUUACACUUUCACUUUUAACAGGUCUGUUGGGGCCUGUCAUUGUGCACUAUAUCUAUUCACUAUGGAGGAAAGCAUUGCCAAGUAUCAUCAGAUUAAGGCAUCCCAAAUAGCCGCUAUGGACUUGACAUAGCACUACGGAUAUUCUCUGGCCUGCGGUACGGACGUUAGACAAGAUGAUCUAAUGAGCUUCAAAUCUGUGAAAUUAUUAAUCAUUCUACACAGCCCCGUUCUCCAGCUGUUUUCAUGCUCGGUUCUAAACCGCACCGUAGGUCACCGGGGUGGAGCAUCACACUCAGAGCAGUGGGUGGGCUGGAAAGGUCUUCUGCAGUAGAAAGAAAAACUUCAGUAACAGGUGGGUGACUUUUUUAGCCAGUCAAUGAGCAGGGUUUAAAGGCCAGCUGGAGGGCACAUGCAGCCAGAGCAGGUCAUCGCCACGCUCUGCUCCCACGUACCAGGGCUACUUGUGAAAAGGUUCAUGCUAGCUUCGCCAGACCUAGCACUGAAAAACUGGCAGGGUGGCGGGUACGGUGCUAGUGACUUGGGCUAGUGCCCUGAGCUCAGACCCGGGGGAAGGCCGGCCGGCUUGGACGUGAGUUGCUAGCCUGAGACAACAUCCACGCUGCUAUUUUUAGGGUGCUAAGGGAGGGCGAGUCUGUCUAGCUGCACAGACAAUGAAACAACUGCCCCAAGGCAAAUCAUAAAUCAUAAAAACACCAACUUCCCGCCCCUUGGAUCAUGCAGGUAAACCAGGCCAGGGAAGUUUGAUUUCAAACACUGGGAAAUGCUGUUCCCCCCACCCCCCCCCCACACACACAGAAAAAGUUGAUGGGAAGUGAUUUUUUUUUCACCAUUUUAAUCAACAUUUGCAGUGGAAACUUUCCUCUUCUUGUGCAUCCUCCCCACACAAAAUCUUCCCCCACCCCGCCCCCAAUUGCAACCAUUUCGUUUCGGGUGGGGGAUUUUUCGUUGGGGGGACGAACAUUCCAGACGUUUCGAGGAAAGCGGCUACUUUCUACCCAAAAAUAAAAAUUCAUGGUAGUGAAAACAUUGUGAUGGAAACCUGUCCACCCACCCUCUUUUCGAGCUCAUUUCCGCCUCUUGAUCUAAAAUUGCUACACAGGCUUUUGACAGCUGGCUGCUGUGGGCAGCCCCCUCAAAGACCAUUGAUUCUCCGAGCACAGACAAAAGCAGAGGGGCAGGAUCUCGACACAAGCCCGCUUGCACUGGCUCUGUAUGGCUCCGGAUUGGCAUUUGCUGCCUCACUGAGUUCGGAUCUGCACUGAAUCGGAGUCGGGUGGAGCAGCGAACUCUCCGGGCACUUUUGAAAAGAGCAGCAGGGGCAGAAGGUGCAAAUUAUUCCGCCCUUCGCCAAAGCUCACGCAGUGGUCAGAAGGUGGCAGGUUUCAACUGACACAAUAUUUCCUGGUGGAGGCGUGUUCAUGUUAGCUCGCACACAGCUAGGACGGUGCCUUCCCAUGCAGCUGUUGCCUUUGCUGGCCAUGGCUGAUGGAGAAGUCUAUGAGAAUGUAAACUUCAAGGCAGGCUCUCUGCCCAGCCACACGUCGGCCCCGGCUCAGCAUCACACUUGUCCGCAGUGUCCGCUUUGGCAUCGGGUCAGCUGCGCCGGGAACAUCGUCCUGCUGGGAGCUGUGAUAGUCCUGGCUGUCCUGGUUUCCCAGCGCCCAUCCCAGAAUCGCCAGACGGCAGCCGUGCCGCAGACCUCGGAGAAGCGUGAUUCAUGUGAGAUCAAUCGAAACACAACACCGUACCACCGUAGAUUGGAGGAUUUCCAAUCCUGCCUGAAGCGAAAGUUGUGUGGGGUGGAAACCAGCUCAGCAGAGGGCUCCGGGUGCAAACUCUGCCCCAGGCACUGGGUGCCGCACAGGGACAAGUGCUACCGGCUGUCUGAAGAGAAUCAAUACUGGAGCAGGGGCCGUGAUGACUGCUCACGGAGGGGAUCUCACCUGCUAGUGAUCCAGGACCGGGAGGAGCUGGAGUUCAUACAGAAUAUUCCAGGAAAUCAAAAUCCGGUGUGGAUUGGACUCAACAUCACAUCCCCAGGGAGGAAGUGGACCUGGGUGGAUGAUUCCCCGUUAAAUCAAACACUGUUCCCGGUAUCGGGUCCUGCUGAAGAGAACAGCUGCGCUGCAGUACAGAAGAAUCGGAUCCAGUCUGAAAUCUGCACCACUGACUAUAAAUGGAUUUGCCAAAAGGAAGCUGUGCUAAUUUAACCGGCUGGAUUGGUGACCUCUGUUUGAAUAGGCGGAAUGCAAAACA